CGAGGGGGUGUUGCCUCUAUCUGGCCAUAUUGAAAGGAGUGCGAGUGUUGUGUGAUGUGCAGAGCAGGUCAAGCCGAAGACACAUCAUUCUUGCGACCAUGGCGGCCAACGAGAUGGAUGUUUCCGCAAAUGAGGAUAAGCGAAACCUGGAGCUUGGAGGCCAUGUGGGGUUUGACAGUCUUCCAGAUCAGCUGGUCAGCAGAUCUGUUGCGCACGGAUUCUGUUUCAACAUCCUCUGUGUAGGUGAGACAGGAAUAGGAAAAUCAACAUUAAUGAACACACUUUUCAAUACAACAUUUGAAAAUGACGAAGCCAGCCACUAUGAGAGUGAGGUACAUCUGCGCCCCCAAACAUAUGAUCUGCAGGAGAGCAAUGUCAACCUCAAGCUCACCAUUGUGCACACUGUUGGGUUUGGAGACCAGAUCAACAAAGAAGAAAGCUAUAAACCCAUUCUUGAGUACAUUGAUGCCCAGUUUGGAAAGUACCUUGAAGAGGAGCUAAAAAUAAAGCGGUCCCUGUUUAAUUUACACGACACAAGGAUCCACAUCUGCCUGUAUUUCAUCGCUCCCAACGGACACUCCCUGAAGUCUCUGGAUCUAGUUACAAUGAAGAAACUGGACAGCAAGGUGAACAUCAUCCCUGUUAUUGCAAAGGCAGACACAGUAUCCAAGAUUGAGCUGGACAAGUUGAAGAUUAAGAUUAUGAGUGAGCUGGUCAGCAAUGGAGUGCAGAUAUAUCAGUUCCCUACAGAAGACGAGGCUGUCGCAGAGAUCAACUCCUCUAUGAAUUCUCAUCUUCCUUUUGCUGUGGUGGGAAGUGUAGAAGAUGUUAAAGUAGGAAAUAAGAUGAUGAAAGCAAGACUGUAUCCCUGGGGAUCAGUACAAGUGGAGAAUGAAAACCAUUGUGAUUUUGUGAAGCUGAGGGAAAUGCUACUGCGUGUCAACAUGGAGGAUCUUCGGGAGCAAACACAUGCUCGACAUUAUGAGCUGUACCGUCGCUGCAAGCUGGAAGAGAUGGGCUUCAAGGACACAAACCCGGACACCCACUCGUUCAGCCUCCAGGAAACAUAUGAAGCCAAGAGGAAGGAGUUCCUUUCGGAGCUGCAGCGUAAAGAGGAAGAAAUGAGACAGAUGUUUGUCAACAAAGUGAAGGAGACAGAAGCAGAGCUGAAAGAAAAGGAAAAAGAGCUUCAUGAGAGGUUUGAGCAGCUCAAGCGGAUGCACCAGGAAGAAAAGAAGAAUUUGGAGGAGAAAAGACGAGAGCUAGAGGAGGAGAUGAAUGCCUUCAAUAGGAGAAAGGUUGCAGCUGAGACACUGAUGGGACAGGCACUCCAAGGCUCCUCACAGCAGCCCUUCAAGAAGGACAAGGACAAGAAGAAUUGAUUUAUGGAUUAAACAUCCAGGGAAACCAGGACUGUGUCUACCAUCAGUAUGGACAAAAGAGAAUGAUCACAUUUGACAUUACUCAGUGACGCAGUGACUGUGCAAGUAUGUGAGCCUGAUUAAUGCGUUGGCUAUCAGCCACUCUCUACUUAUGGAUCAAAAAGGCAGCUUUGCUGAGAGUAUUUAAUACUGACUCUGUUAGACACACAAUAACACAUCCAGGGGCUGUUUUCAUAACAUGUUGCUUCUGUUAUUUCCUAUUCUUUCUAUAUGUGUCAACUCCUGUUGUAAAUUUAAGUUUGUUUCUCAGUGAGACACUGUUAGGACUUAAUGGAAAGAGGAGACUGUUAUUGACUGAACUGAAGUGAUGAUUCAAUGUAACAUUAUGUAAUAACACGGAGUGAGCAUUUGUGUUUUCAUACAUGCAAGCAUUUACAAAUUGAGUAGGCUCCAGCAGGGUUUUUAAUACAGAGUCUCUAAAAUUGUAUAAAAAUUAUAUUUUUAUUGCUGGUAGCUGGAGGUAAGAUUAUUUUGUUGUCCAACCACCAUUCUAUGCAAAGUUAUAAUGCAAAUAAUUAUUUACAACGAGUCUGGAAAUGAGAAAAUACCUUAAUUUACAUUCAAAUAAAUAAUGACAGUGGAAAACCAAAUAGAGCUUUGGUUCAUCUGUCGGUCAGCCAAACCCAUUCCUGUUCAGUUCUCUCAGUUCUCUGGGACUUCUCCUCAAAUCCAUCAUUUGUAUGAUUGAAAGCAUCUCAUAUUUCACCUGUUGUCAUCAUUAUUUUGUUUAUUAAGAGCGGUGUUUCUGUGAAAGCGCUCAUUCAAGUUUCAGUUUUGAUUUUGCUACAGUCAGUGGCAGCAAAAAAAGAUAAUAAAAUGCUUAUUAAACAUUAUUACUUGAACUAAAUAUUAUUAAUAUGUAUCUCGUUGAGGCUUGUCUAAUGCCCUUGAUGAAUAUGUAGGGUUGAUGGUUCAGAUAAAUGACAUGCUUUUUUAUUUUUUGCUUUUCCUUUUCAUAGCUUCUUUAGUCUUCCAUCUGCGUGUUCCUUAACCUCAGGAAGGAAUUUGAAUUAGAAGACUUUCUACCACAUCAAAAGAUUACAGACUAACAAUCAAGUGUAUUAUUUUUACAAUGUGAAUUAACAGUUUUAUAGAAAUUCAUUUAAUGCUACUGGAAGUUAGUCAGUCUGAAGUCUUCCAUGUCUACUAAAUGCUCCUCUAAGUUUUUAUGCAGCACUCUGUAUAGCAUGGGCUCUGCAUGGCUCCUAACCUUCAUUCCUAAAAGUAUAAAAUAAUCUUCAUUGCCAGAUUUUCUGUUUCUGCACUUAAUAUGCUAAUUUCCUUUAUCUGUCAUAUUACACUUGUAAUUUUUGAUGACAGUACUCACAGUGAAAUAUAUAUUAUUAAAGUGACAUGAUAUUGCUGUUAAAGGAUGUAUGGAUUAUACAUUAUAUUGUGAUUUAUAAGCACUUUAAAUCAUAUAUUAUCAUUAAUCAUUAUAAAAGGUGUACCGUUGUACUUACAUGUCAGCCCCUAUGUUGUAUCUAAAAUAGGCCUGUGUACUGAUAAUUAUUUCACAGUUUUAAACUGGAAAAACUAUAUAUGUUGUUGGAUGUAUGUAAAUUCAGGAUUCAAUCUCUUGAUGUCAGUAGAUCUAUAUAAUGGGUCUGUGUGGGCCUUCUUAUAGAUUUGUAUAUCCUGAUGUAAUAAAAAGUUGCUUUAUUGAUAACGUGUCCUGUUCUCUCCAUAAUUAGCCUGUUUUAUUUUUAGACAGAUAAAUCUUAAGACGUGAUAGAUCGAGUUAAGUGCUGAUCUCACCAGGUUCCUGUUCCUUCCAGAUUGUUCCAGAAAUCUGACAAUUACGUCCAAUUUAAAGGGGAAGUUGGACGUUGGAAUUAUACGUAGUUAGUGAAAACAAUAUGAUUUUUUUUUUACAAAUCAUGAGCAAUUUUCUGGAAAAUCUGUUAAAGACUACUGUUUUCCCUCUCUCCUGCAAUGUUUUACACUUUUCUUGGCCCCUAUUAUUGAAUGCAGUACUCAUGAAAAAGCUUAACUGUUUCGAUUGAUGUUGAGUCCAUUGUGCUAUUUAUUGUUGAUUCAAAAUAUUUUAAUAAGGAUAAGUAUCAUAUGAUUUUAUUGGCAAAAUAAUAAGAGAAGACGCAAUUUUUGACCAUGUCCCGCCUCUUUACCUACGAUUGGUCUUGCAGUAUGCAAAGGGCGGGACU